AUGUCGAAUUCGACAUCGCUGCCCCAUGUAUAUGAAGCCCUUGACCAAGACCCAGAGAAUGGAGGGUUCAACGGCCAACCAAGACCCACCAGGUCGAUCUAUGCAUUGACGCGCAGCGAAAUCCUCAGAGGAGUCGCGAACAGAUUCGUACAUUCGCGGGCCUACAUCCUCUUAUACCUGUCUAUGGCUGCUCUGUCAAUCACAACCGUUAUCCUAAGUCUGCAGGACGGAUGCCCGGGAGUUGCAUUCUUUGUCCUCGAGGUUAUCAUCAAUACGACCCUGAUCCUCGAAGUUGGAAUCCGGUUUGUUGCAUUAGGAAAGCAAUUCUGGCAAUCACCAUUCAACGUUGUUGACCUGAUUCUGACCAUGUUCUGUGCAUUGACCUUGCUCAUUCUCGUCUUUGCCAGCUGCGGGGCUGGGAGCAAGGAGGAACAGAUUUUUGAUACCCUUCUAUUGGUCGCGCGGAACAUAUUGCAGUUCGGCCGGUUGGCCAAUGUUAUGAGACAGUCUGGACAGUCGAUAUUCUCUCGCCCCAAGCCGAUUGACAUCAAUGCAGCCCGUCGCGCAGGGUUUGGGAUGGAGCUGGAUGUGGAAAGUGACGAGGAGGAUGAGGUCAAUCGCCCGCUGGUCCGGAGCCCGAUCCUGUUUGAUGCGGAGGGCACGCGACUGGAAGAUCGAGCCAACAGCAACGGAGCACGUAACAAGUUUACGGACAUGCCCCGGGCUGCGCAGGCAGUUCGGGAUCGGGACGCAGAGGACAUGUGGGCAGAGCUUGGGUGA